AUGCUUUGGGGCUUUGUUUCCGUCACAGCAGCGGUUGCGACAGGCACACAGCAGCGAACGCGCGCACGCGUUGGGUGCUCGCCUCGGGCGCUGCUGCUGACAGCGCCGACUCGCCACAGGCUUUGCAAGGGCACGGGUCCCGCUUCCAAAGCAAGGACGGCGGAAUGCAUCACUUCCGGGCCAAGGACUUGGAGAGCUACGGUUGCUCAAUGUCCAGUGGACGCGUCAACGCGACGGCGCGAGAACCCCGCUAUUGUUGUGAUCGGGACGCGGGGCUCGCCGCUCGCGCUCGCCCAGGCCCACGAGACGAAACGUCUGCUCGAAGAGGCGCACCCGUUUCUGCGCGACCGAGAAGGCGCCAUUCACAUUGAAAUCAUCCAUACGACUGGUGAUAUCGUAUUGGACCGCGCGUUGUCGGAAAUCGGGGGCAAGGGGCUCUUCACGCGCGAGAUCGAUGAAGCGCAGUUGCGUGGCGAUAUCGAUAUUGCCGUGCACUCGAUGAAGGAUGUACCCACUUUCCUGCCUCCGGAUAUUGAGCUCACAAGUAUCCUGCGCCGCGAAGAUACGCGUGAUGCCUUCGUCUCCUUCAAGGCGAAGAGCCUAGACGAGUUGCCGCCCGGAAGUGUUGUAGGAUCUUCAUCUCUGCGACGACAGAGCCAGAUUCUGGCACGGUAUCCGCAUCUCAAAGUGAUCAACUUUCGUGGGAAUGUCCAAACGAGAUUGCGCAAACUCGAAGAAUGCGUCGUUGACGCGACGCUUUUGGCACUUGCGGGCCUUCGGCGGCUCCAGAUGGAACACGUCGCGACUGCUGUUCUCGGAAUGGAGGACAUGCUCCCAGCGGUAGCGCAAGGUGCGAUCGGUAUCACAACGCGACGCGGAGAUGAUCGCACUGCAGCACUCCUGGGUCCGCUUUCGUGCCCACGGACGAAGCUUUGUGUCGAGGCAGAGCGGGCGUUCCUCGCGAACCUUGAUGGGAGUUGUCGCACACCAAUUGCAGGGCAAGCCUGGUUCGAUACGGACUCUUCGGAGCGAAUCCAUUUUCGCGGCCUUGUUGCGACGCCAGAUGGCCGAGACCUAUUCGAGACCACAAGGCAGUGCACGCCGGCAAACGUUAUCGAUGAAUGCGCAGCCGCUGGAACUGAGCUUAGGGACCGCGUAGGCCCAGAUUUCUACGCUUCGCUCGUGAACUAUGUUCAGGAACGGGAUCGCGCCGAACCAGGUCGUCAGACGAAGAGCAAACGUAGCACAUCGUGA